UCCAUGGCGCUUGUGCUCUUCCUGCUCUUCCUGGCGGCGACGGCGCAAGGGAAAGGUAGAUUUCGUCUCGGCGGCCUGGAUUUCGAGCACUCCGAACACCGGCAUUCCUCGCUAGCGCCAGCUCCAGCGCCAGCCCCAGAUCCAGCUCCACUGACGUUCUUCGAGGUGAGCAAGCCGCUGUCCAUCCCUAGAUCCGGCCACUGCGCGACGCUGCUGCUGCUAAAGCAUUCUUUCGGCAACACGAUCAGCUCGCCCCCGGUCACUGCUCCUUAUAAUCCUCCCCGAUCGAGCCACUGCGGUGGGGGUUGGGAGAGAGUGAUCCUCAGGUGGAGCGUAGCAUCCAGGGGCAGGCAGUUUGACCGAAUCUCCGCAGCAUGGCUGUCUGGAGUGGAAAUCUUCCGGACUUGCACGGCGGAGCCUACCAAGCAAGGGAUUGUGUGGAGCGUCGAGAAGGACAUCACCAAGUAUACUUCGUUGCUGGAGAAGCCACAGGUCUUGGCGGUCUCUCUUGCGAACGUGAUUGACAAAACUUACACGGGCUUCUUCAACGUCACCCUCACUGCCGAGUUCUACAAACCGGCUCAGAGAAACUCCAAGCGCUCUUCAAAGGGGAUGCCCGCUGACCUCGUUCUUCCAAUCGCUUUGCCAACUUCGGAGAAUGGUGGCUACUGGUUCCAGCUCCAAAACAGUUCCCACGUUGGAACUGUGAACCUCACCAGUCUUCCUCGAAACAUCUACAAGGCGGAGCUCGAGGUCUGCGUUUCCUUCCAUGGUGACGACGAGUUCUGGUACACCAAUCCAACGAACGAUUACUUGGACGCCAACGGUGAAAGCAGUUCGGGCUCCAGGAACGGUCCCUACAGGGAAGUGGUGGUUACUCUGGACGGGAAGCUUGUUGGAGAGAUAUGUCCCUUUCCAGUGAUCUACACGGGUGGCGUCAAUCCACUGUUUUGGAGACCAGCAGCAGCAAUCGGGGCUUUCAAUCUGCCAACCUACAUUCUCGACGUAACUCCGUUUGUUGGCCAGCUGGUGGAUGGGAACAGCCAUGAGAUCAGCUUGAGCGUCACCAACGCUGUCAGGAACUGGUUAUUGGACGCCAAUUUACACCUCUGGCUAGACCAUGGUAGCUCGCAGACGUCCGGAAAGCUCGUCUCUUACAGCUCUCCUCCAGCCGAUAUCAGUUACGACUCACACUACAAAGGUCUUGACGGUACUCUCCAGCUGUUUGCCUCUCGGUCACUUCAAUACUCGGGCUACGUCGAGUCUUCCUCUCACGGGAAGCUCAUAACGACUUCAUCGUACAGCUACAAGUUCUCCAACCAGAUGAUCUUCUCCGACAAUGGCAGCGUUUCCACAGUAAAGCAGCUCAUCGAUGCACAGACGAAGUUCCUGGUGGAAAGCAGCUCCAAGCAGGUUAGAUUGCAGCAGAAGUCGAGCUCGUACCCUUUCUUUCUCUACAACUCCCAGAAGGAUGGAACCAACAAGUCUGUUGUUUUAGACGCCAGGAUCUCGCAUGGACUUCAAGAAGAAUGCGACGACGACUCCUUUUGGAGCCGGCUCAACAACAAGCAAGACACUGCCGGGAAAAUCGUCAUCCAAGCGAAUAUAGUCACCAGUGGGACGGGAAAGCUAAACCAGACUUACGUGUCCGAGAGCAGCGAGGGAUGUUACCACCGGAGCAUCCGAACGAGCAACACUACAACACAGUACGAUGAAAGUGGUUUUCGAUGCAUCGCCAGCGCUUAAAAAGGCAGUUUAUAAACCAAAAGUGGCGGGAGUUUCUCGUAAAAGGCCUAAAAGUUGCGGCAUGGCGCUGGUGGUGCUCCUGCUACUUUUGGCGGCAGUGGCUCAGGC